UGCCAUCCUCGCCCCCGCGAUCUCUCUUCUCCGCUGUCCUGUCCAUUUGCUUUUUUUGCUGUGUUCCACGCUCCCCAGAAACAAAUCUCCGUCGAGGCAAUGCGCGCGAGUGGCUCUGGCGCACAUCAUUCCCUUGCCCGGCCUCCGCCUCACCAACGCCAGCGACUGACACCUUGGCCUGGGUGCUGGUGAAUCCCCCGCCGCUAAACCGAGGUUCCUCCUACCGCAGCCAUGACGGCCUUUAUAGCAGAAAUAUGGACGUGGUAUGCGUUGACGUGGAUGAUUGUCAUCGCCAGGAUGGUAUCACGAUACAUGCUGCUGGGCUCCCUCAAGAAACUACAACUCGAGGAUUACCUGAUGUUGCUCGCCAUGAUGUCUGAUACGGUGUUAAUGGUCGGCAUGAGCAUCAUCUCACACACCAGCAGCAACCUGAUCGACCCCAACGACCACACCGAACUCACCGCCGAAAACAUCCGCGAACGAAUCUACGGCUCUAAAUGGGUGCUGGUUGUCGAGCAGAUGCAGAUCAUCACCAUCUGGACCACCAAGUCCUGCCUGCUGCUCAUGUACAACCGAUUGACCAUGAGUUUGAAGCAAAAUUUGGCCGUCAAGAUCGUCGCCGGAUAUGCUGCGUUCGGCCUCGUUCUGAUGGAGAUCCUUUACCUCGGAGUUUGGUGCCGGCCCUUUACCGAAUACUGGGCCGUCCCUCCGGAUAGUGUUCAAUGCUCCGCUGCCACGAACCAUCUCAUCACUAACGCCGUUCUCAACAUCUCCUCGGAUAUUAUGAUCAUCGCUAUCCCGAUGCCGAUCUUCCUCAAGUCUCAGUUGCCCGGAAAGAGAAAGGCAGUGCUCAUCGGUGUAUUUGCGCUGGGUGCCUUUACCAUUCUCUCUGCGAUCCUCAACAAGUUUUACAGUUUCAACGAGCCCUUCGGCUCCAACUGGACAUUCUGGUACAUCCGAGAGUCAUCGACCGCUUUGAUCACGGCCAACCUGCCCUACAUCUGGACCCUGCUUCGCAGAAUCUUCAACCUCAAGUCGUUUGCCGGAUAUUCCAACAAGCGAUCGACGAACCCUUCAACCCGCUUCCAAUCCAACUUCAGCCACGGCCCCCGAUCCGCCGUAAGGGCUGGCGAUACGACGAUACACCGCUUGGACAGCGAGGAGCAAAUCAACACGACGUAUUCGAUGCCGUUGAAGAUUUACCAACGCCACGACGUCGAAAUCAGAACCGAGGAGGCGACUCCCGAGGAGCGCCGCUCGCCGCCGGGUUGCAUCCCCAGCGAAUUGGUCGCCGGCAAGGACAUGAGCUUACAUAGCGGAUCGCGGGACGAGGAAACAGGCUCGGAAAGAUCUGCGGCCGGUGUCGUAAAAGUGUUCCAUGGAGUUUAAGAGCCAGAUGAUGCCCAUGAGAAGGCAGUGCGUUUAGGUUCUAUAUAAUUCCCACGACACAGGACCGACCCUAAUGACUUGUUGUAUAAUACCCCAUCAUGUGGAUAGAUUUAAUGUAUAGCCUCAAUAGCUUAGAUGUGAACGCCAUUAGCAGUGUCCGCUAAUAGUACGACGACAAAC